GAUCGGCUUUCUCCGCUAGUUCCCACCCUAGCACUCCUUAGCCCCUGGAAUGCGAGAGGGAGAAGCUGAGGGAGUUCCCGGGGUUGAGCGUAGACGCAUCCCCGGAACAGGCCUGGGAGCGAAAGAGACUCCAAGUUUGAGGAGCCUUUAGAAGCUACCGGGUGGGGACCUUUUUAGGGCCCCUUCCCUUCGCGGGAUGCUAUGGAGUUUCCAGAGCACAGCCAACAGCUGCUCCAGAGCCUCCGGGAGCAGCGUUCCCAGGGUUUCCUUUGUGACUGCACCGUGAUGGUGGGUAGCACCCAGUUCUUGGCCCACAGGGCCGUACUGGCCUCCUGCAGCCCCUUCUUCCAGCUUUUCUACAAGGAGCGGGAACUGGACAAGAGGGAUCUGGUGUGUAUCCACAAUGAGAUUGUCACGGCACCAGCCUUUGGGCUGCUUCUGGACUUUAUGUAUGCCGGCCAGCUGGCCCUGUGGGGGGAUACCCCUGUGGAGGAUGUGCUGGCAGCCGCCAGCUACUUGCACAUGAAUGACAUUGUCAAGGUGUGUAAGUGGCGGCUCCAGGCCCGGGCCCUGGCAGAGGCAGACAGUACCAAGAAGGAGGAGGAGACCAACUCACAACCCCCUAGUUUGGAGUUUUUGUCCAGCACCUCCCAUGGCCUCCAGCCUUCGUUGACGUCUGCUGAGACAUCAGGCCACUGGGGCAAAGGGGACUGGAAAGACCCUGCCGCUCCUUCACCUACUGUCCGUCUGCCAGAUGAGCCGCCAGUAUCCGGUGGCGCUGAUACUACACAGCCUGGCAUGGAAGUUGACUCACCACAUCUCCAGGCACCUCCUCCACCAGUGGCUGAUGUCACUCUUGCCAGUCCCAGUAGCUCCACAGAGAUCAUUCCUGCCAACUACUUCUCUUCUGGGCUCCCAGCAGUUUCAGCGGAGCCUUUGACUCCCCUUGAUGUGGGUCCUGAGAGUCUGAGGGUGGUAGAACCAAGGGGUUCUGGAGGACCACUGCCAGGCUUCUAUCCCCCAUCCUCAGCUCCAGCCUCAGCGCCAGCCCCAGAUCCGUCCCAGGCCCCAGCCCCAGCUGAAGCAGAGCUGGUCCAGGUGAAAGUAGAAGCUAUUGUGAUUUCCGACGAGGAGCCAGAUGUGUCAGACGAGCGGCCUCGAGGUCCUGGGGAACUGUUCCCACCUGGAGGGGCAGUGUUUGGAGGGCGGCCUCCCCAGCCAGAGGCUUUGGAGGAGGUGGGGCCAAGUGACCAGUUCCUGCCCCCAGACCUUCACCUGCCCUACCAUCUGCUGCCAGGUCCAGGGCAGUAUCAUCGAGGGCUGGUGAUCUCGCCCUUGCCUGCCCCCCCAGCCCUGCAUGAGCCACUUUACCUGCCUUCCAAGUAUGAAGCAGCCCCAGGAAGCUUUGGGGUUUUUACUGAGGAUGUUCCCACCUGCAAGACAUGUGGUAAGACCUUCUCCUGCUCUUACACGCUGCGGCGACAUGCCACAGUGCACACGCGUGAGCGACCCUACGAGUGCCGCUACUGCCUUCGCAGAUACACACAGUCAGGGGACCUCUACCGCCACAUCCGCAAGGCCCAUAAUGAGGACCUAGCCAAGUGCAGCAAACCGGAUCCAGAGGCUGGCCCCCAUCUUGGGGGGCAGCCCCUCCCCGGCUCCCCAACAGCAGACAGACAAAGCAGUGGUGGUGGAGGGCCACCCAGAGAUUUUGUACUUGGCCCCAAAAACUAACAUCUGGGGAAGCAUGAACCAAUGCUGGGCCUGCUCUGACCAGUGUUAGGGAACAGCACAGAACAUUGGGGGCACUCCUGCUGGGGUGACAGGAUGGAGGUCCCUACCUUUUUCGUCUCUCUUUGACCAGCCAGAGAACAGGACCUUAUGGGGCAGAGCUUAUCCCUCCAGGGGCACUGAGAAUUCUCCUGGGGUGUAUCCGCUUCUCACUCCACAUUCUGGACCAUAAAGCUAACAGUGAAAGUGGCUCUUUGAACUGGUGUUGGCUGGUUUCUUCCACAAGCCUGCAUGUCUCCUGAUUUCCUUCAUUCCUCUUCUCCAGAUCUUUCAGGAAGCUGACAUCUGUACUUGGGAUGGGGAUGGCAGUCAGGUUGCUUAUGAGGAAAAAAGUGAGACAAGCGGAAGGCAGUAAAGGCUUAGGAAAAACACACAAACUGGGGAAUCUUACACAAUUCUGGUUUAUUACUGUAGUUAGUGUUUGUUGAGCUCAUUUGUGCUGGGCUGUGUUGGGCACUUCAUAGACAUUUCAUUUAAUCCUCAACAACUGUAUGAGGUAUUACUCCACUCCCUUCUUUUUUUAAAAGACAAGGAAACUUAAGACUCCAAGAGCAAAGUUAACUUGUUUAUGGUCAGUUAGAAGCAAGCCAGGAUUUGAACCCUGGCUUGUGACUCGAACACCAUGCAUGCUCUGCUGGUUUUAAACUUUGUUGACAUUAGCUCACAGAGAACUGCAAGUUGCUUUCUUUUUUGUCAUUUUGGAGGGUUUGGCUUUGUUCUCUUGAUCUAUUACCUCUGCUUUCCACAUAGACGUUUGGUUCACUGUUCCAACUGGAAAUUUUUGCCUACAUGUUGGAGACGUGAAAUGAGGUCUUUGAGGAUGAGAAACUGAAAGGCAAAGAACUCUUAAGUCCCCUAGUGGUAUAUUUCUGGGAGGAGGUUGAGGGCCUAUGGUGGUAUGGAAAUGAUGGGUGCUUACAGAAGAGUAAAGGAGCCCUGGUGGUGCAGUGGUUCAGCACUUGGCUGGUAACCGAAAUGUCUGUGGUUCAAAUCCGCCAGCUACUUCGCAAGAGAAAAGACCUGGUGAUCUGCUCCCAUAGAGAUUUACAGCCUAGGAAACCCUAUGGGGCAGUUCUAUUCUGUUGUAUAUGGUGGCUCUGAGUUGGAAUUGACCUGAAGGCACACAGCAACAGCAACAGGGAAGAGUAGGGGUCCCUGGGUGGUGCAAAUGGUUAAUGUGCUCAGCCGCUAACUAAAAGAUUGGGGGUUUGAGUAUACCCAGGGGCACCUUGGAAGAAAGGCCUGGUGAUCUGAAAAAUCAGCCAUUGAAAACCCUGUGGAGCCCAGUUCUACUCUGAUGCACAUGGCGUUACCAUGAGUUGGGAGUCAACGGUAACUGGUUAGGGAAGAGUAAGGUACAAAAUCACAGGUGGAUGGAUCUUAUAGUUCAUCUAGUCCAACUCCUUCAUUUUAAGUGUGAUGGCCAACAGCCUAGAGAGGUUAUUACUCAUCUAAGGUCACACAGGUGGUUAUCGACAGUAGACAUAGGUGUGAAAUGGGAGCCUGGGAUGCCGAUGUGGGAUGGGAAAGAAAAGAGCUCCAGGAAUAUAAGAGAAGGGUCUGGCCUCAAGCCUUUUGUGAAGAGUGGUGCUCUAGGAUCGAGUAGAAGGCUUCCUCCAAGCCCUUCUCUUCUUGGCACAUAAGAACUGAGUGCAAAUAACGCAGAAAGGAAAACAGAAAGGUAAAAAUACAAGUAAAUUUUUAGUAUCCUUUUUUUCCUUUUUGGAUCAGAGUCCUGAUGGCCAAAAGGUCAGCAGUUCGAAUCCACCAGCCACUCCUUGGAAACCCUAUUGGGCGGUUCUGCCCUGUCCUCUAGGGUCGCUAUGAGUCGGAAUUGACUCAAUGGCAACGGGUUGGUUGGUAGGUUGGUAUGCUAUAUUCAGUACUGUGAACUCUCAAUAGCAAGCUACUAUUUUUAAGUUAUAGGGAGGAGACAGCUGAGCAGAGAUUUGGCCAAAGAAAGCUCCUUAGCUGGGACAUUGUAGAAAGCAAAAGACAGCUCUUAACAUGUUCAUUGCUGAAAGAGUGAAUUCUAUGCCUUUCACUUUCCUUAUGUCAGAAUAACUUUCUAAUUUAUCUUUCAGAUGGCUUCUCAUUUUAUUUAUGCAAAUAUAUUACCUUUCAAAUGGCUUCUAGUUUUUUUUUAUGCUUCUAGUUUUAUUUAUGCAAAUAUAUUGCCUUAAGCCCUUGGUGAAACAAGGCAAGACAGAAACACACGAAGAGUUAUUCUAAGUGGAACACCUUUUCUAAACUCUUCCUGGAGUAAGAUCAAAUCAAAAUGCCUGUAAGCAUCAGUUGCUUUUAAAAGUGUGAAUUUUAUGGUAUGUGAAUUAGAACUCAAUUAAAAGGAAAAAAAAAAAAAAAAAGAAUUGGUUGCCUCAGAACAUCAGUUCCUAAAAGCAAGACGUAGUAAAUGUCUGUGUAUAUAACGUAUAUAAUUUCUCUGCGGCAUCUACAUAGUCUGGGGAACACAGUAACCUUUGUUAUUGGUUAGGUCAUGGCCAUAUGCAAUACUUACCUAAAGAGGCUCUGUUGCUUGCUGAGAUUCUCCAGAAAAGCAAGUAUUCACUCUCAGUUCCCAGCACGAGCUGCCUUUUUUAUUGGAAAUGGCAGUUAGAAAUUCACAUGAUCAUUAAAGCAGUAAUUAAAUAAUCAGCGCAAUUAAGUCCACAGUGACCUCAGUUUCUUUCUCUGCUGGAAGGUAGGAACAGUUUAUGCCAGUCAGUAGAGGUGUGAUCAGUAGUUUCCACUGCUCUUGCUGGUCCCAUCCAUGGAUUCCUGAAGUCAGGAACCACAGGCAUUCAGGGAUCAGCUCAUCUGACCUCCAGUCUAACACUGGAUUCUCCUUUCACCAGUUGUUAUCAAAUCUCUGCUUAAAAAAGAACUCUGUACCCCGAAAGGAAAACUGUUUCAUUGUUGGACACCCCUAAUUGUUAAAUGGGGUUGCCAUGACUUAGAAUCAACUCUGUGGCAACUGGUUUUUUAUACUGAGCCCAAAUCUGGCCCCUUUUAUGGGGAGAUGGGCCAGGCCCCAGCGUAUUAAGAGUUGUGACCCUGAGAAUUUGCUUGUUAGCUAUAAUCUUAGUUUUCAGACAACCACCUAUUCUUCUCCAGCUUGAGAGAAAGAUUUCUAGUUUAGUGUUUUGUUUCUUCUCUUAAUUGACUAUUUGUUAAGCGUAUGCCUUCACCUGGUGUCUAGUGCCUGUUCAAUCCCAGACACUUCGGCCCUUCACAUUGGACUUUUAUUUCAAUUUUCUCUGAAGCCAGUGUUUUCAAAGACGGUUUACUUGGACAUAUACUAACACGUUUUUAUUGUAAAAUACAUUUAUUUUUAUUUUUUGUUUGGCAAGUGACAAAGUUCUCUAAAGUUCUGCCUCCCCAUUUCAUCAGUAAGCAAUUUUGGUAUGCAUCUCUAAAAGGACUUAAAAAAAAAAAAGAAAACCAAUUACCACCAUUACACUCAACAGAAUUG